AUGAAUAUCUGCGUGACCACCAUUCUGUCAAUCGCCCUCCUUCUGGGUAACUCUGUCAAGCUCCGAGCUUCCGUUACUGGGCCGGUUCCCUCGGGCGGUGAUGGUCCUGCGUCUCAGGAGUGUCAGCAGUGCUGCCAGGGGCCUGCUGCAAUACCCGGCAUACCGGGUUUGCCUGGACCGAUGGGACAAAUGGGGCCGUACGGUCAGCCGGGGUCAAAGGGCGAUGCAGGUCAGCAAGGUCUCAAAGGAGAGAUUGGCCCUUUUGGACCUAUGGGUGAGCGAGGAGCACCUGGGAACAAUGGGUCUAAAGGUAAUGAUGGGCUUGGUCUGCCCGGAAAGAUAGGUCAGAGAGGGCUACCUGGUUUUGUUGGAGGAACUGGGGAAACUGGUGUCAAAGGUCAAAAGGGUGAGAUUGGCCCUAUUGGACCUAUGGGUGAGCGGGGAGCACCUGGGAACACUGGGUCUAAAGGUGAUGACGGGAUUGGUCUGCCUAGCAAGAUAGGUCCGGACCUACCGGGAUUUGUUGCAGGAACCGGGGAAACUGGUGUCAAAGGUCAGAAGGGUGAGCCAGGGGAGACUUCAGAUGACUCCAACCAGCGGGUGGCAUUCACCGUGGUGAGGACGAGCAACUCGGAUACCUCUUCGAGUCACGACACCCGCUUGCCCUUCCAGGAGGCCAAGACCCUUCUGCCGGGUACCAGCUUCGAUCUCGAGACCGGCACGUUCACCUGUAGUGUGCCUGGCACCUACGUAUUUACGUUUUCUGUUCUUAAGCAUGCCAACAGCGGUGAAGUUCACAUCCAUCUUGUUAAAAACGACUACAAGGCGAUCACUACCUAUGGUCAACCAAGUCAACGUGGUCAGAUGUCCGGUAGCGCGGUGCUGGUCCUGAAGCGAGGAGACACGGUGUAUCUGACUAUGCGCGGUAGGGUGUAUGGUGAUUCCACCUAUGACUACACCUCAUUUAGUGGCUUCCUUCUUUACUCCGAAUAA